AUGGGUUCCAACAGCCCUCCCGUCGACACCAUCGCCGCCACGUCCACCGCCGCCACCAACAUCACUCCCGCCGCCAUGACCGGCGCCCACGCGCUGCAGGGGGCCGCCGCCGCCGCCAACGGAGACCAGGCCGCCGCCGUCCCCACGGGCCUCGACCUCCUGCCCGCUACUUUGGCGGACCUCGCCGACAGCCUCCGCGCCAUCCGCUUCGAGCUCGCGGAGAUCGGGGCCGGCCAGCACCCGCCGCCCCCACCGUCCGCCGUUCCGCCGCCGCCCCCACCGACCGCGGGUCCGCCGCCGCCGCCACCGCCCGCCGCUACGCCGCCGCCCCCACCGACCACCGCUACGCCGCCGCCCCCACAGCCCGCCUCCGCUGCCAGCCGGGGCCGGCCCGCGUGGUGGCCGCCGUCGCCCUCGCCGAUUCCCACAUGGACCGACGCGGCGCCCGUCUCACACCCAUCUCUGCGCCGCGGACGACGGUCCAGCCGCCCGCCCAUCGCCCUGGCGGUCCUGGCGGACACCCCCGAGGUCCCGCCCGUGGCACCGCAGCCGCCCCGCUUCACGAAGCUGGAGUUCGCCACCUACGACGGCGCCACCGACCCCCUGAACUGGCUGAACCAGUGUGAGCAAUUUUUUCGGGGGCAGCGGACGCUCAGCACCGACCGCACAUGGAUCGCCUCCUAUCACCUACGGGGCGCCGCGCAGACUUGGUACUACGCCCUCGAGCAGGACGAGGGCGGGAUGCCGCCUUGGGAGCGUUUCCGUGACCUGUGCCUCCAGCGGCGCUCGCGUGCCAUGCCCCGGGCGUCUCGGCACGCCAGCGCGCCGAUCUCUUCGUCGGCGGCCUCCCCGACUACAUCCGCGUCGACGUCGAGAUGCGCGAGCCAGCGGACCUGCAGACGGCCAUGUACUACGCACGAGCCUACGAGCAGCGCGCCCUCGCCAUGCAGCAGGUCUACGCGCAGCGUGGCAGCGCUCGUCCCGCGCCCCGCCCCGCUCCGACGCCCACCGCCCCCGCCACGCCCCGCACCGGCCGCUGCGCCCGCAGGCCCUCCUGCGCCAACUCGCCCCUUCAAACGGCUGACGGCUGCGGAGCAGCUUGAGCGGUGCCGCCAGGGGCUGUGCUUCAACUGCGACGAGAAGUACGCGCCGGGCCACACGUGCGCCCGCCUCUUCUACUUGGAGACCGUCGACGACGCCGACGUUGAGGCCCUCACCGCCGAGCUCGCGGCCGCCACCGUCACUGAGGCCGGUGUCACGACCUACGCGCCAGUCGACGCGUCCGCCUUCGUCGUGUCUCUCCAUGCUAUGGCGGGCAUCAAAACGGCAAAGACGAUGCUGCUUCCGGUGACGAUCAAGGGGGAGCGUCUCACUGCGCUGGUGGACACGGGCUCCACGCACAACUUCCUGUCCAACACCGCCAUGCGCCGCCUCGCUCUCCUGCCGGCGGGAUCGGAGAAGUACAGCGUCACCGUCGCCAACGGGGAUCGUCUUACGUUCCAGGGCGUGGCGCGACAGGUUCCCGUGCUCGUAGGCGACGAGCCGUUCUCCAUCGACUGCGUCGGCAUCGACUUGGGCUGCUACGACUUCAUCCUCGGCCUCGACUUCCUGAGCACCUUAGGCCCCAUCCUGUGGGACCUCGACGUGCUGUCCCUCAUCUUCUGGCGCGAGGGCGGCCGCCGUGUUCACUGGACGGGCGUGGGCAGCACUGGCACAUCCCCGCAGCUACACUUGAUGGCCGCCGCGCUAGACGAGGCGCAUCCGCUCCUGGCCGCCCUACUGCAGCAGCACGGCGACCUCUUCGACGAGCCGCAGGGCCUCCCUCCCUCGCGACCCUGUGACCACCGCAUCCACCUGCUGCCGAACACGGCACCCGUAGCUGUGCGGCCGUACCGGUACCCCCAGCUGCAGAAGGACGAGCUCGAGCGCCAGGUGGCGGUCAUGCUAGCACAGGGCAUCAUACGGAUCUCAACAUCACCAUUCUGCGCCCCCGUGCUCCUGGUGCGCAAGACCGACGGCACGUGGCGUUUCUGCAUCGACUUCCGCACCCUCAACACCGUCACGUCCAAGGACAAGUUCCCCAUCCCCGUCGUGGAUGAGCUCCUGGAUGAGCUGCAUGGCGCGCGCUUUUUCACCAAGCUCGACUUGCGCUCGGGCUAUCAUCAGGUGCGCAUGCACCCGGACGACAUCGCCAAGACGGCGUUCCGCACUCACCAUGGCCACUACGAGUUUUUGGUGAUGCCGUUCGGCCUCUCCAAUGCGCCGGCGACCUUCCAGGCUCUGAUGAACGACGUGCUCAGCCCCUACUUACGCCGCUUUGUGCUUGUUUUCUUUGAUGAUAUUUUGAUCUACAGCGCAUCCUGGGCGGAGCACCUGCAGCACGUGGCCAUCAUCUUCAACGAGCUUCGAGUGCAUCGUCUUCACCUCAAGCGCUCGAAGUGCUCGUUUGGCACGACCUCCGUCGCAUACUUGGGCCACGUCAUCUCCGCCGACGGUGUCGCGAUGGACGCGGACAAGGUCGCUGCCGUCGCCGCCUGGCCAACGCCCCAGUCGCCACGAGCCCUUCGCGGAUUUUUGGGCCUCGCCGGAUACUACCGGCGCUACAUCUAG